AAUGAAUUUAUUCCGUUAUAUAUAAAUAUUGUUUUAAAAAAUAUAUAUAGAGGAGUCAUUUCUUAUAUCUGUCUUAAUUAAUUUAAAUCGCCGUUGAAUAGGCUGGUAACUUAACCUGUUCCGUUGGCAUGGACACAAGUAUAAACUAGGAAAUAUGGCCAGUUUUGUGAGGCUACAAGAUCAGUUUCUGCAAAUAAAAGAAGAGUUUUUUAGGAGAAACAGGAUUGCUGAGGACUACCGAUAUAAAGAGAACCUUGCAGCUAUCCAGAUACAGAGCUGGUUCAGGGGUUGCCAGGUGCGGGUUUAUUUAAGACAACUCCACAGAAAUGCAACCAUUAUCCAGAAGGUGUGGCAAGGAUACACAGCAAGGGCCUGCUUCAGACAAAUGGUAAAGACAGCAUAUUUUAUGAUGAAGAUGCAUUUCUACAAUGAGAUGGCUGUCAGGAUACAACAAAGAUGGAGGGGAUACUAUGUCCGGAAGUAUAUACAUAAUUACCAUGCGAGACAGCAGUAUUUGGAAGGACUGGCAAGAAAAAAUGAACAAAUUAGGAGAGAUCUGGAGGAGUUUGGGGAGCUGCAGAGGCGGGCGAUGGAGCACUCAAAUAUAGAGAGAGAUGAGCGGGAAAAGCAGGACCAGGCCCAGAGGAUGCACUACCUCCUCAGCACUCACCAGUGUCCUGGUGUGUUCAACUCCCCAUUCAGAGGACAUCCUCAUGAGAUGGAGUUGAGAAUGAGGUGCAUUAGGCCUCUGCUCAUCAAGGCUGUGCCCCGAAAAAAGCCAAUCAAUGGGGACCAUAACCAAUCCAUCCCUGAGGCCUCCCUGGAUCUCUGUGCCUCGCAGCCUCUACCUCCUAUUCCCAGCAAGAAGCCACAGGGACCUUUCCGCAAGGCCACCGAGGUGAAUCAGCAGCGAUACCGGCCCCUGGAGCCGACUCUACGCGUGGCCACAUCCAUCACUGCGCUGGAGGAGGUCAGGAAGGACCUGUUCUGUCAGGAGUGGACGGGUCACAUCUCAGCCCAGCCAUUCCAACUUUUCUCCAAUGCAGACAAGAACAGGAAGUAUGAGGGAAUGAUCCACACCGGCACCUUAUAUGGAAAAUUGGAUUAUGGUAGCAAGCACUUCAGAGAAACAAACAUGGAAAUACUCCAGGGAAAAGUACCAUUCAAAACUGUCUUCACAACAUCUCAUGUCUUUGACAAAUUUGGACGUCUCUAUUCCAAUGCUGGUAAAAUAGUGACAGUGAGGUUUUAAAGCAGACACAUCUAUAUUCUACUGUAUGCAGAAUUGUUCAUGUUGUGUUAUUGUACUUAAUUUAUUUUAAUUGUGGUAAGCAAUUUGUAAUAAAUAAGGCUUUAAUUUGUCUAAUGCAAGGCACCAUAUCCUGUACUGUCUGUCAUUGCAUUUAUUUUAUAAUAUUACUGUUACAUUACAGCUGCUUUUCAUUUGAUCAGAUUUUUAGCUGUGAAGCUUUGAAUUACACCAUACACAUUUUUCUUCUUCUUCAUAUUAUUAUUAUUAUUAUUAUCAUCAUCAUCAUCAUCAGCAGCAGCAGCAGCAGCACCAUCAUCAUACAUUGAUAAAAAUGUGGAGAAAUUUAGUUUCACUGUGACUAUUUUCAGGUUUGUGUUCAUUGUUCUUGUAGGUAUGAAGUAUGACCAGUAAAGCUGUCAAGUGCACUGCCUCCUUCCUAAAGAUUCUUGUGCUUGAGCAGUCUAUCAACAAAUGAAUACAAAGUAUACAAGUAGUUCAUUUUAUUUAUUCCCCCGUUCUUGAGCUCAAGUUAAAUUUCAGACGAUUCUAUGCUGUGUUGCCACAGAAAAUAGAUGUCCUUUAAUUUAAGAGAGUGGAAAAAAGCUGAACAUGGCUGAACCCAAUUCUUCUAAAAAGAUUUAAUUUUCACAAAUAAUUCUGAGUGGUUUGUUCUGUAUGGCAAUGCCUGUGUGUUGCUGACUGGCUGCAUCCCUACAGCACCGGUAAUUUGGAAAUGCAAGAGCUAUCUCUUUGAUUGCUUCUGUUCUGGGGUAGUCUAUCACUUCACAAUAAUUCACCCAGUGCUGACUCUUGCCUCAAAAACCAUGCUUUCCCAUCAGUCCGAUUAGAAAAGCUCUGCACCUUUAUCAGAUUAAUCCUUCCUUUUUUGUGGAAAGUUUGACCCUAGAAAAACAAAGUCAAAUUAUUUACAGAUACUCAUGCCUGCAAUGAUUAAAACCUCUCCAGGUGUAUUUCUCACACUUAAAAAAAAGGUUUGGGGAUGCCCCUCUUUAAUGGGUUUUGAUAUUAGUCAUUUAAAUUGAAGGAUUAGGUCACACAUCCUCCUUAAAUCAAUGGAAAUUUUUUAUUCCCAUGGUUAAGGAUAUGUGGAUAACUCGUAAAUGGAGCAUCAUAACCUCACUACUAUAUAAUUGCUGUUAUUUAUGUUCAAAUUAUAUUUUGACAUUUUCUACAAAAGUAGCAAAUGUUUAAGUGUAGCCAAUUUAACAUACAGUAUAAGGUUACAGUAACAUAAGUUAUGAUUUGAAUCAAUAAAGAAUACAGAUUUCUAAAUGAGGGUUUUUUAAUGCUCCAUUCCCAAUGCAUUUAUAUUUUAAAGGUUCUACUGCGCAUUUGACAGUUAGUUCUUAGGAUGGCAAAUUUAUGAAAGCUUUGCAGCAUAUUUAGUGCCUUUAGAUUAAGGAUUUCUGAUAGGUACUUAUUGCCACCUUAGUAGAUAUCAAAUAUCUAUUGCCACCUUAGUACCUUAUGUGAUGGUUAAAUAGGUGGUGCUGCAAUGCUCAUUUUUUCAUGUUAUCAUAAUUCAUUAGUCAUUUGAACAGUUUUUUUCAGGGAAGAAAAUGUAACACGUACAUGCAUGUUUGUUAUACUGUGUGUGAUUCAUCAAAUUUGGUAACUAUUGUGGCUACCAUGACAUGAAAUUAUUUCAUGUGAAGGCUAAAUUUCAGUUAAGCACCUUGACAUUGCAACUGUGAGGAGGAAACAUCAUUGGCAUUUUGGAUAUGGCUGUGAAAGGGUAAAGUGUUAUCAACACACAUAACAAUGUUCAACAUGCCCGUGGAAAGUUCAGAACCUUUGAGAUAUGAAUGAAUCAGGAGUGGCAGUCAUUAAAAAAUGUGAAAAUGCAUAAAUUGAUGCCAUUUGUUAGUUACAUUACAGGAGCCUUAUUUUUUAUAAAUCGGUAACUCUGUAAUAUAGCUUUUAUUUAAAUAAACUGAUCAAACCAGCGGUCAUAGGGAUCUCAUUAUAGCAUUCAUUAUUUUUUUCUUGGCU